GAUGGUCAGAUGUCGCCAUGUCUCUUAUUUCAUUUUUCGUAACUUGUGGAGUGGAGGGACGUUCAGAAUAAGAAAAUACUUUUCCCUUGGAAAAAAGAAAGAGGAAUGUAUAUGGAAGCUGAGGUUAAAACGUCACUGUGAGACUGGGGGCUCAGCAGGGGUCAACAUUACAUUGACCCCUCUCCUCAAACACGAUUCUGUUGCAUCUACUACCCUUAGCGAAAUUUCUCGUGCAAACAAAUAGUUUCUGCAUUGGAGCAGUUGGUCCUGUUCUCCUAUUUGCUAACUUCCAUUCCCUCUUUGUCUCAGUUCAUUAACUCCACACCUUCCCGUACCCAAACCCUCCACCUAACCUCCCCCGCUCUUGUGGCUACUAGUCAAUCUGGACUGUCCACCCGCCUCCGCCUCCGUCUCCGCCUCCGCAGCUCCAGCUGGCACGUGAUUGGGGAGCUCUGCGGGCUGGCAGGCCCCAGGUUGACUUAAGUCAAAGCCGAAUCCCUGAGAGUACACGUAGCGAUUCCGAAGAUCAGCCCCAAUGAACAUGUCAGUGUUGACUUUACAAGAAUAUGAAUUCGAAAAGCAGUUCAACGAGAGUGAAGCCAUCCAAUGGAUGCAGGAAAACUGGAAGAAAUCUUUCCUGUUUUCCGCUCUGUAUGCUGCCUUUAUCUUUGGUGGUCGGCACCUAAUGAACAAACGGGCAAAGUUUGAACUGAGGAAGCCAUUAGUGCUGUGGUCUCUGACCCUUGCAGUCUUCAGUAUAUUCGGUGCUCUUCGAACUGGUGCUUAUAUGGUGUACAUUUUGAUGACCAAAGGCCUGAAGCAUUCAGUUUGUGACCAGAGUUUUUACAAUGGACCUGUCAGCAAAUUCUGGGCUUAUGCAUUUGUGCUAAGCAAAGCACCCGAACUAGGAGAUACAAUAUUCAUCAUUCUGAGGAAGCAGAAGCUGAUCUUCCUGCACUGGUACCACCACAUCACUGUGCUCCUGUACUCCUGGUACUCCUACAAGGACAUGGUUGCCGGGGGCGGCUGGUUCAUGACGAUGAACUACGGCGUGCACUCCGUGAUGUACUCCUACUAUGCCUUGCGAGCAGCGGGUUUCCGGGUCUCCCGGAAGUUUGCCAUGUUCAUCACCUUGUCCCAGAUCACUCAGAUGCUGAUGGGCUGUGUCGUUAACUACCUGGUCUUUCACUGGAUGCAGCCGGACCAGUGUCACUCUCACUUUCAGAACGUCUUCUGGUCCUCACUCAUGUACCUCAGCUACCUUGUGCUCUUCUGCCACUUCUUCUUUGAGGCCUACAUCGGCAAGAUGAGGAAAGCAACGAAGGCUGACUAGUGUUGGAACUGAGGAGGAAGCCACAGCUCAGGGUCAUCAAGA